CUAUUUCUUAUAUCAAACAUGCUCAUGUAAAUUGGAAAAAUUAUGAAACAUUCCGUUCUGUUAAAAUUUGUAUCCAAAGACUGUCAAACAUAAUCGAAUCUUGGUUUGCAAGGAAAAACAUCUAAAAUAUCCCUAAUAAUUUCACCUAAGCAUUUUUGUUUCUUUUGUAUAGCCCACUACCCCUAGUAAUUUCACUUUAAGGAGACUUAGGAAAAUGAAUGAUGGGACAAAACUGACAUUUUUCUAUAAUUUUGUUGAGGUUAGGUCGUUCGAACCACAGUUUGAUAGUAAUUAAUAAUUUUUGGAUGAAAAUUUAAACAAUGUUUUAUAAUAAAAAUCAAAAUAUAUGAGCAUAUUUGAUGUAAAAAAUAAUAGAGCAACAUAUUUGAUAAAAAUGCAUAAUAGAACUACAUAUUAUAUCUAUAACCCAUAAACUAAUAGAUAAAUAAUUAUGAUUUAUCUCUUUACACCAUCUUUCUGCUCAGCUCAUCUAUACUCCCUUCAAACAUUUGAACCUAUCAUCCCACCCAGUUGCAGGAGCUCUUUCUAUUAGGAUUCUGAAAUGGAAAGAGAGUUACAAAAGAAUAACAUUAGCUCUUUUCAAUUAGGAUUUUAAAACAAUAAUUAUAAUAGUGAUUCCAUCUUUAAUAUUUAGAAAUAGCUUAAAAAUUAUUUAAUCGAAGUAGUCUUCUUGUCCUUUUGGUGGAGUUGCAUACAAGACAAUGGCGUCCUGGAUUUUGGGGUAAGGAAAAAAUAGGAAUGUAAUGGAGUCCUGAAUUUGAAGCCCCUCUUGAAAUCCAUAUAAUGCCCAAUAUCAUUAGUAAACUCGAACUAUGAAUAAUGUAUCAUUUGUGUACUAAAGUAUUCAAUAUGACAAUUGUGUCCUAAACUAUUUUUCCGUGAGAGUUGACUGGCGCUGACCGUUAGUUUUUAACAGAAAGUUUUGUCAGCGCUGAUGUGACAUUUGACGUGGAAUUUUUUUUAAAAUGAAUAAAAUAACAAAAGAAAAUAAAAAAUCAGAUUUGAAGAUCUGCAUCUCCAGUGAACAACUCUAAUAACAAUCAUCUUUAUAUCCCUAAACCAACGACCGCUUGGAAAUCUUCACUCACGACCACCAUCAGAUGACUCCUCCUCCGCCCAGACCAGGGCUUUACCGUCGAAUCCGAGGGGGAGCUUGGAUCGAGGCUUGGAAAUCUUCACUCACGACCGCCCCAUCGCUGCAUUCCUCCUGCGGAUUCCUCUUCACUCAGACCACCAUCAGAUGACUCCUCCUCCACGACUCGCUCUUCCUCUUCUCCUUCCCCUCCUCGUCGUGCCACAAAGACCCACCAAUAAAGUGAAAUUUCAACCCACCAGCUGCUUCUUCGAUUGACAGAGGCUUUAACAAAGUGAAUGUGAAAGUGAAAUUGAAAUUGAAACUCACCAGCUGUUUCUUCGAUUGGGUAAUUGGAUUUGGGGGUUUUCUUGGUUUCAAUGGAAGGUAGAGGAAGAAACAGCGAAGCUGGCGGAGGGAGGAGCGGGCCUCGGCGGCGGGGAGGGCGAGCAGGAUCGUUAUUGGGGAGGUCGGAGAGAGAUUGGGGGUUUUCUUGGUUUCAAUGGAAGGUAGAGGAAGAAACAGAGAAGCUUGCAGAGGGAAGAGCGCAAGGGGAGGAGGAGCGGGCCUCGGCAGCGUGGAGGGCGAGCAGCGGCGAGGAGAGUCGUGAUUGGGGAGGUCGGAAUUCUGCUAGCGCUAAGACUAGGCAGGCCUUCCGUUCUCCGAUUCAAGCUGCCCUUUCUUAUGGUAUAGAGCAGGGAAUGUGAUCUUCUUUCUCAGAGUCUUUCUUCCAGUCAACGUAAUCGAACAAGUCAGACUGGACCCAGUGUCACAGAAUAUGCAGGAGGAUACUCCAGUAUGGCGCUAUUUACCGAAUGGUCGUUUCAACCUUAAGUCUGAAUACUCACUUACGAAUAACGAGGAGCAACCAGGGGGUAACCACCCGGUGUGGAGGGCAAUAUGGAAAUGAAGAGAAAGGUGUACGGAUUUGGGACAACGUCUGCUGGAGAGGUUUUAGUUGCGGACUCGCGGCCCAGCCAAUGGAGUAAGGUGCAGGCUAAGUCAUAAGCUUGUCGUCAUUUUGAGGUUCCAUGAAGGUGUGGUUCUCGCGAACCGCGUAAGAAGUGUCUGGACACGACCGACGUUUUAUGAUUGAAGGGAGUUCAAUUAGGCUCAAUUACAGAAUUGGUCCCCGAACUUUUGUUUUUUGUAAGAUAAUACGAGAACUCCGUUUAACCUGUGGACCAUGGACAUCUUAUUCGGUAAAUUUUUUCAUAGCGACACCGCAGUGUCGGCCUAAAUAGAAUUAAAAGUACCCAAAGGAAGAUUUGUGACAAAGCAGUAUAUAGAAUUACAACCGAGCAGGGCAUGGGAAAGGCAGGAGGUGACGGAGAAAGAAUAGCGCCACAGAAGCUCAACAUCACGACUAGUGCAUCGGUUGGUGAAGGAAUCCUUAGCGAUGGGGGACGGACGAGAGGAAAAGGAACCGUUACCAAUAUAUCUUUAUAUUAAUUGUUAAUAGGGUGUUAAUACUAAGGAGGUUAACACCUAUCAGAUCUCACAUAAGAGCAUCUCCAUUGGAAUUGCAAUUAGAAUUGCAUAAUGACAUGACAUUCAUUUGCAAUUGCAUAAUGCAUUUGUAUUGAUGUAGAUGACAAUUGCAUCUUUGCAAGCUUGCAUAUAAUGCAAUUAUGGAAUGCAAGCCACAUCAUCUUUUUUAUUAUUAAAUUAUUCAUUAAUUUUAUUAUUUGAGUGUUUAUGUUUUAAUAAAUUAAAUAAAAAAAU